AUGUCAGCUAGAUUUCUAGUGUCUACGAAGGGACUCAAGCCUUCCAGAAUUCAAGCCGUGGCAUCGUUACUAGCCAAAGCUAGCGCGCCAAGUACUGUUUCUUUCACUAAGAAGAAGGUUGGGUAUUCUAAGAGAUUGAUAUCCAGUUUAAAUGGUGUGGGAACUUCAGGUACCAGAUCAACCGUUAUCCAAUUAUUGAACAAUAUCGGUUCAAAAAGGGAGGUUGAACAGUAUCUAAAAUACUUCACCUCCGUCUCCCAGCAACAAUUUGCUAUUAUUAAAGUUGGGGGAGCCAUCAUUAGCGACAACCUCCAGGAACUGGCUUCUUGUUUGGCGUUUUUAUAUCAUGUUGGACUUUACCCUAUUGUAUUGCACGGCACUGGACCACAAGUAAAUGGUAGGUUGGAAGCACUAGGGGUUGAACCUGAUUACAUUGAUGGAAUCAGAAUCACUGAUGAGAAAACGAUGGCUGUUGUUAGACAAUGUUUCCUUGAACAGAAUUUGAAAUUAGUAACUGCCCUUGAACAACUCGGUGUCCGUGCCAGACCUAUCACUUCAGGUGUUUUCACAGCUGAGUAUCUUGACAAAGAUAAAUACAAGCUAGUUGGAGAUAUCACUUCCGUUUGUAAGGAUCCUAUUGAGGCUUCUAUUAAGGCUGGUGCCUUACCAAUUCUGACCUCUUUAGCUGAGACGUCUUUUGGUCAGACCUUGAAUGUUAACGCUGACAUUGCCGCCGGUGAACUUGCUCGUAUUUUUGAACCCUUAAAGAUCGUAUACUUGAAUGAAAAAGGUGGUAUCAUCAAUGGCAACACUGGUGAAAAGGUUUCCGUAAUUAACUUGGAUGAAGAGUACGAUGACUUGAUGAAACAGAGCUGGGUUAAAUACGGGACUAAGUUGAAAAUCAAAGAGAUCAAGGACCUGCUGGAUUAUUUACCACGUUCCUCAUCGGUUGCCAUUAUUAACGUUCAGGAUCUACAAAAGGAACUAUUUACUGACUCUGGUGCUGGUACUAUGAUCAGAAGAGGUUACAAGUUAAUUAAAAGAUCUUCUUUGGGAGAAUUUCCAUCACCAGACUCGUUAAGAACUGCCUUACAAAGGGAUCCAGAGAUUGCUUCUGGUGUGAAAUCUGUUGCAUCCUAUUUGCGUGGGUUAGAGAUUUCAAAUUUUGUGUCAUAUUCUGAUGAGCCCCUUGAAGUUCUUGCUAUUGUAAAGGAGAGUGAAGUCCCCAUUCUUGACAAAUUCUUAUGUUCAAAAGUUGGCUGGUUGAACAACGUCACGGAUAAUGUUUUCAACGCUCUUAAACGUGAUUUUCCAGCUUUGCAAUGGAUUAUCAACGAGGAUGACGAGAAUAUUGCAUGGCACUUCAACAAGUCCGAUGGAUCUUACUUGAAGAACGGAAAGAUUCUUUUCUGGUACGGAGUACAAGAUAUCAACACAGUGUCCAACUUGAUUAAGGAUUUUGUUAACGAUGUAUCCACACCUCAACCUGAAAGAUCCUCUGGUGUUUUUGCAUCUGGCCAAUCCACGAGAGCCUAUUCGACCAGAUCACAGCCUAAACCCGCAGGUACUAAUACAGAACCUGGUCGCGUAGCACUAAUUGGAGCAAGAGGCUACACCGGUCAAAACCUUAUUUCGUUGAUUGACAACCAUCCUCAUUUGAACUUGGCUCAUGUCUCCUCUCGUGAAUUGAAAGGCACAAAACUACAAGGGUACAACAAGUCAGAAGUUAUCUACGAAAGUUUAACAACUGACGAUGUCAAGAACCUAGAAUCGAAGGGAGAUGUUGACAUGUGGGUUAUGGCUUUGCCAAAUGGUGUCUGCAAACCAUUUGUUGAAGCAAUUGAAAGUGUCGAAGGGAAAUCCAAGAUCGUUGAUCUAUCUGCAGAUUACCGUUUUGUCCCAGAAACUGAAUGGGCAUAUGGGUUACCAGAGCUGAACAGUAGGGAUAAGAUUGCUGCUGCGAAAAAAAUAGCCAACCCGGGAUGUUAUGCGACGGGUGCUCAAGUUGCCAUAGCGCCAUUACUUGAAUUUAUUACUGGCCUACCAACUAUAUUCGGUGUAUCUGGAUAUUCUGGUGCUGGAACAAAACCAUCUCCCAAAAACGAUCCCAAAUUUCUCAACAACAAUUUGAUUCCUUAUGCAUUGACAAACCACAUCCACGAACGUGAAAUAUCAACCCGUCUGGGUUUAGAAGUGGCAUUUGUUCCACACGUUGCUCAGUGGUUUCAAGGUAUUUCUCAUACCAUAUCUAUUCCCAUCAAGAAAGGAUCAUUAACUUCGAAGGAAGUCAGAUCCCUGUACGAGAAAUUCUACCAAGGUGAGAAGCUAGUUCACAUUGCCGAGGAUAUUCCUUUAGUUAAGAACAUUUCCGGAACUCAUGGAGUUUUAGUGGGAGGAUUCAAAGUAAAUGAUGCUCAAGAUCGUGUGGUUGUCUGUGCAACAAUUGAUAAUCUCUUGAAGGGUGCCGCUACCCAAUGUCUCCAGAACAUUAAUUUGGCUCUAGGAUAUGGUGAAUACGACGGUAUUCCAGAAGAUAAAAUUGUUAAAGCCUAG